AAUCCGCUUGAGAGUCACCAAAGAAACUCUCUCUCUCUCUCUCUCUCUCUCUCUCUCUCGUCUCCCUCGUGCGCCAGACUGACAAAGACAUCAGAAAGAUAAAGAAAGAUCAAAGCUUUUCUAUGGCGGCAGGUGGAGGAGGAUCAUCGUCGGCGGGACGGACUCCGACGUGGAAGGAGAGGGAGAACAAUAAGAAGAGGGAGAGGAGAAGAAGAGCCAUCACGGCUAAAAUCUACUCUGGUCUCAGAGCUCAAGGUAACUACAAGCUCCCUAAGCACUGCGACAACAACGAAGUCCUUAAAGCUCUCUGUCUCGAAGCUGGUUGGAUCGUUGAAGAAGACGGCACCACUUAUCGCAAGGGUUUUAAGCCAUCUCCGACGAACUUCAGCACGAACUCAUCAAUCCAACCGAGCCCACAAUCCUCUGCCUUCCCAAGCCCAGCACCUUCUUACCAUGGCUCCCCUGUCUCAUCCUCCUUCCCAAGCCCAUCUCGUUACGACGCUAACCCUUCCUCGUACCUCCUCCUCCCUUUCCUCCACAACAUCGCUUCCUCCAUCCCAUCAAACCUCCCUCCUCUCAGAAUCUCCAACAGCGCUCCCGUAACUCCCCCCUUAUCCUCUCCCACCUCUCGCGGUUCGAAGCGGAAGCUCACCACGGAACAGCUACCAAACGGCGGGUCUUUGCUUAGACACCCGCUUUUCGCUAUCUCGGCUCCGUCUAGUCCUACUCGCCGCGGCGGUCACCAGACACCGCCGACGAUACCCGAAUGCGACGAGUCGGUGGAGGAUUCGGUAGAGGAUUCAGGGAGGUGGAUCAGUUUUCAAUCUACGGCUCCUCCUUCCCCGACGUUUAACCUCGUUCAGCAGACGUCUAUGGAGAUUGACAUGAAAAGACCAGAGUGGGGGAUGAAUGCGAGGGGCUCAGAGUUUGAGUUCGAGAAUGGUACUGUUAAGCCAUGGGAAGGCGAAAUGAUUCAUGAAGUUGGUGUAGAGGAUCUUGAGCUCACUCUCGGUGGCACUAAAACAAGAUGCUAAAGAACCUUGAUCAUAACAGAGCAUUGUACAGGAGAGCUCGUGUGGCCCAAAGCCUAAGGGUCGAACCUUUUAAUUACCGUUACACUCUCUCAGUUUAUACUUCAAUGUUUGACUUCUAUGGUGAUAAUGUUAUUGGAGGUAUUAAUGUGUGUUUAGUCACAUGAUUAAGAAAUGUUUUUUUGGAGAUAAAUGUUAUUGUUUUGCUGA